AUUUUAGUUGAAGACCCCUGACCUAAGGGUUCAUUGCGGUUCAUAAGGUGUCAGCAUAUCACAAAACCGUUGAGUGCUAUAUAAACCAAGAGGCGGGGUUUAGAAGUCAACCCUUGGUUUGUGAUUGGGCCGUCACCGUUGCGUCCCGCAGUGAUGACGUAGGCAGCGUGCGACAGGUCCAGCACCAGCCUGGGCUCCGGAGCGGAGUUGGCAGCUGCGCCAGGCAGACCGGACAUGGCCGCCCCCACGGAGCGCUGCCGGCGCGGCAGAGGUUCCGCCGGCUGUCCGCCGACGACGAGGCCUCGGUGGUGGCUCGCGUUGCUCCUCUUCUCCGCGUCCUCCCUGCCGGCGGCGACGGCGCUGGUCGACGGCCUCUACUGCGGCGCCGAAGUGUGCUACGACGUGCUCGGCGUCAGCCGGGAGGCCGUCAAGCUGGACAUCGCCCGGGCUUACCGGCAGCUGGCCCGCCGGUACCACCCGGACCGCUUCAGGCCGGGAGACCCCGGCUCGGAGGGAGAGACCCGCGAGUCCGCGCACCGGAAGUUCCUGCUCAUCGCCACCGCGUACGAGACGUUAAAGGACGAGGACACCCGGAGGGACUACGACUACAUGCUGGACCACCCCGAGGAGUACUACCAGCACUACUACACGUACUACCGGCGACAGCUCACCCCCAAGGUGGACGUCAGAAUCGUCAUCUUGGUCACCAUCUGUGCCAUCUCCAUCUUCCAGUACUACAGCUGGCACAGCAGCUACAACGAGGCCAUCAGCUACCUGGUGACGGUGCCCAAGUACCGGAUCCAGGCCACGGAGAUCGCCAAGCAGCAGGGCCUCCUCAGCCGCACCAAAGAGAAGGGCAAGAACCGCCGCUCCAAGGAGGAGAUCCGCGAGCAGGAGGAGGAGGUGAUCCGCGACAUCAUCAAAAACAAGAUCGACAUCAAGGGCGGCUACCAGAAGCCCAACCUGUCGGACAUCCUGCUGAUCCAGAUCGUGCUGUCGCCCUACUACCUGACCCAGUACGUCUCCUGGUACGCCUCCUGGUUUUACCGCUUCACCUUCUGCAGGGAGGAGUACGGCGAGGAGGACAAGUUCUACAUCAUCAGGAGGAACAUGAAGAUGUCUCAGUCCCAGUUCGACGGCAUCGAUGAAGACACCCGGCGGUCCUUCCUGGAGAAGCGGCUCUGGAUCAAAGAAAACUACGAGCUGCACAGAAAGGAGCAGGAGGAGGAGAUGAAGGUGAAGAUGGCGACCGACCCGAGGAUGAAGAGGUACCGCCGCUGGAUGAAGAACGAGGGGCCGGGCCGGCUGACGUUCGCUGACGACUGACGACGCCGCCGAGCCGCGUCCGGACGUCUCGGACACGCACACCUGCCUCAGUGCCGACGCACGCGUUGCCUGUUUAUAUGGGAGAUAUUUUCAUAGUGAUCGGGCCGUACGGACGAGAACGAGGGGAAUAAACGGCGUGUUGGGGCUUCAGUCUUUCUCCUUCUUUUUUACAUCUUGCUAUUUAUUUUUUUUAACCGAACCAAAAUGAAAGUCCAUCGAUAAAUGCUAUUUUUCUUAGAAUGUUUGGCUGAAAGCAGACGGAUGAGUGAGUUUGGGAUGAAUUUGUUGUUGGACAGGUGACACCAGAAGGUCACCAGGGUCAUGUGAGAAGUGUCUUCGGGCAAAGCGUCGGACGUCUGCUCAACCCGGAUGCUGAGUUCAGUGAAUUGGCAGUUGAGACGGAUCCAUAAGGGCCUGGAAGUAUUUUGUUAACCACGGACAACGGUCCUCGCUCACCCUGGGAAGCAGGAAACGACACCAAGCGCUGAUUUAGUUCUCACCUUGUUCAGCCAGCAGGUGUAAAAAGCAGCGGCUUGCUGACCAGCUAGAAGAAAGAUGUGUAGCGACGAUAUCGAUCUUUUGGAUCCUUUCCAGCAGAUGAGGACAAGCUGUUAAUCACAUGAAUACGUCCCAUGUAGGAAGAAGAGUGCAAACCAAGGACACUGAUCCAAUGUCUGCGUCUUUACAGAUGAAGUAUCUUUGUACAACGGCAGAUGUUCAUCCCUGGAUUCUUUAUUGUGGUUUCUGCUGCAAUGAUCAUUUGUUGCAGAGAAAUAACUUUUUCUUAUUAUUAUUGUUUGAAAUUUCACAGGGCUUUUAGUUUUCACUUGGUUGUGUUCAUAUAAACACACGCUUUUCAUAAUAAAUACAUUUUCAAAUUGUUA